CUUGGAAGAAUAGUAAACUCAAGCUCUAAAAGAAUCUUUGAAAGAAAAUGCUAGAAUUCACAUGUUGGGGUUUACUGCAAAAUUCCCAUUUGUGAGAAGCUGCAUAAGCAGAACUUCUGCACCUUGUUAUUAUUGGAACAAUGUUUCAAAUAAUUGUCUUGUAGAAGAAGCUGCGAAAUGGUUCAACGUCCAAGAUUACUUUCUUUUUCUCCUUGCUUUUAUUAUGGAAUUGGAGCUGAGUUGAAGUUCGAAGUAACACCAUCAAUGUUCAUGCAAAAAUAAACACCUUGACUUCAAUUGGUUUGGAUGCUUUAUCUGGAUUUUAUUUUUUCAGCUUGAAUUAGAUAUUUUACCUUUGUAGCUGUAAAUUUAUCCUCUUCUUUGCUGUGGAAUGAAAUACAUUCAAUUCAAAUUUGUAGAUUCAAGUAGUAUAAAACUGACGGACAUUGUCCCUGAACCUAGUGCAGUUUGGUCUUUGUCUGUACCAACAUGAUAAUGGCUAAAAUAUUACUCACUAACUUUGAAGUUGUUGGCUUUGUAACGCUGGCAUGUAUCACAUUCCAAAAAUUGUGAAGUCAUGGUGCUUGAUCCCAUCCUAGUCCUAAACCCCUAAAAGAAUAGAAUCAUAUUAAGGUUGAAAACAGAGAAAAGAGCGAAAUAGGAUCCUUCCAAAUUGUGCAAGGAAAUGCAUCAUCUUCUCAGAAGCUGACUUUGUUUUUCACAAGGCAAGCCGACUGUUCAUUACCUAACUCAUUUAUUCCCCUCAAAGCACCCUUCCAAAUGCUACUAGCCAUCUCCCUUUGGAUUCUAUUUCUUGCACUUAUGCCCCUUCAAAAAGUCCUUUUGUCUUCACAUGCACCAACCUAACCCUCUCUUUGAUCCCCUUCUCCUUGUCUCUUGAUGCACUAACUGAUGCUAUUUUCCAUUCAAUACCAGAAUCAAUGGGGAAAAACAUUGGAAAAAUCAUAAACUAAUGUUGAGAAAGAAGCACAAACUACCUAUAAAUACAUCCCUAUGCUCCUUUAGAAACCAAGCUCCGAUCCUUUCCAUGAUGGGUAGGCAAGUUGGUGAUCCCACCGUGGUUAGUUCAUCUAUUGCUCUUUUGCAGGAAAGGUUCAAACAGCUGCAGAAGGUGAGGGAAAAGAGGCAAGGGAAAGACCUUCUCAAACAGUUCUCUGAAUCCGAAUGUGUUGCCCCCACCACGCCCCGUGAGCCUAAUAGAUGCUCUCUUCAACCUAAGGUGAUCCAUCAUUUCAGGGCACCUUCUGAUCAGGAUUCACACUCUCUCAGGCUCAACUCGCAGAGUCGACAUGCUGAUCUCCGGGUAUGGCCUAACAGUGCUGCAACUUCUGCAAAUACAUCAAGAAAUUUUCAGAAUUCUGAUGUUGAUACUUCUCUUCAUUUGUAAAAAUUAAUGGAGUCAGAUAUUUAUAACUGCUAAAAUUUACUAAUCAUGUAAUCAUUUUCUGGGUUUAAUCUGGUUUUUCUUGUAAGAUUUCCUUUUUCAUCUUUAUGAAUUUCCAUUUCUCGGUCAACUCCUGCGUCCCUUUUUGUUUAGGAGGACCAAAAAUCUUGCAAAGAAUUUUAACUAUGGAGUAGAUUUGCAGUGCGAAAAGAAACAAUACUUAAAUUC